GUGUGAAAUUCUGGAGCUGGGUUAUGUGGUUUGACAACUGGAAAAAGGGUAUUUUCUACCUCAUACUCUGUAUACCAUGUUUUAUACAACCACAGGAGGUGUGGAUGGCAAUAAUUUCAGGUGUGAUGAUGAUUAUAUCAGCAAUAUUCUAUUGUAUAAAGUCCAUAAAAAUUCGACAAGACAAUAUCAAUACUAUUGAAGAAACAUAUGACAGGAGGCCGCGGCUAAGAUUUGAGGAGCUGGAUGAUGACAUAUUUGAUGAACAGUUUGAUGACAAUGACCCCACUGGGAGCAUGCUGCCCAUAGACCAAGACGAUACAGUGGCAGAACAGGAAGAAAUCUUGGAUGUUUGAUAGACCAACAAGAGGCAAUAAUGAUACAAAUGAUAGUUGUACUGUGUACUGUUUAGGGGGGGGGUCACUUGUAGAAAUGAAAGAGGUUUU